AGGUGUCUGGCCUGAGUGUCACCAGCGGAGAGGACCAGCUGGUCGUCUUCCACUUGGAGAAGCAGCGAUGCCUAGUGGUGUGCCUCCAUCAAAUGCAGCCAUCCAAUGACCAGCGGGUCGGGGAGCUGGUUGGAGUCCUGGUGGACCACUUUAGGAGGCUCAAGCGAGACUUUCAAGUUACGGUGUCCGACCGCAUCCCGCUUAGCCAAAAGAGCCGGAAACACUUCGUGACAGUUGCCCGCUGUGACGACGUGACCCAGCCGGAUUUCGCUAAGACCCGGGACGGCUUUGUUCUCCACUGGCCAAUGAGCCGGUAAACCAGCAUUUGCCUUGAACCCUCAAACCUCUCUGGCUCCUGGAAGAGCGGAAAAAGCGAUUCCACCAAUCAUGAGGUCUAGCACCUUUACUCUCUUUUGAAAUUGUGGUGGUGUGUGGAGCUGAGUGACGGAAGGAACGGUCCUGCCUUCCUUUUUUUAUUAGCUAAAAUCCCUCCUUCCAUCGCCGUGAAAGCACAAUACUUCUUACAGCCAGCCCUCGACUUACGACUUCCCAUCUAGUGACCGUCUCAAGUUGCAAAACCGCGCUUGGGGGAAAAAAGCGACUGAUGGCCAUUUUUCCCACCCUUAUGACCGUCGCUGCGUUCCCCGCCACCCAAACGCAGACGCACGGCCACCGACUUGGGUUUACGAAGGGGUUGCAACGUCCCUGGGUAGAUCACGUUAUUUCCCUCCAUGCCCCCUUUGGCGACCUUCCGACAAGCGGCCGAUGGGGAAGCCCGGUUCCCCAAAUGACUGCUGCACUUUGCUUAACGACGGCGGGCAGGAAGGUCAUCAAAUGGGGUGGAGCGCAACAACGUGGCUGCUGGGGCACCCCCAUCGUCAUCAGUCGAGGACUCCCUGUACGAGACAAUAUGGCUUCAAUUCCUUCUCCGGGAAUCCGAAGGUCUUGGAACGGAUCCAAGAUCCCUAACCAUGAAUCGUGGUUUGAAUUUGAACCCCUGGUGGAGAAGAUCCAUGGAAGACCAGGUCCAUUAGUUACAUCCACCCAACCCGUCAGAGCUGGGAGAAAGGAGAUGUGAUGGGUGGGAUUCAACCGGUGUAACAACCAGUUUGGCUUUGCUUGCGCAUGCACCAAAAUGUGUGGUUUGUGCACGCGCAGCGUUUGAAAAAUCAGUGUUUCGGAUCUAAUACUUACCUUCUACUGCAGUCCAGUGAGUAAAACACCGGAGGCACGGCAAUCCGCUGUGUCGUGCGAAUCAGUGGAGUUGCAAAAUGCGGAAAUAAAGGACAGACUAGGGCAGGGUCAAAUGAUCACCUGCGCAACUGGUUCGCCCAAUGGUGUGAACUGGUAGAAUCUCACCCAUGGUCUCCUUCUGUCAACUCCUAAAACAUUUCUAUGGUCUUUUUAGAGCUGCCAACAGAAAGGGAGGUGGGGGAAGGGGUUUGAAAGAGCAGUGCGGCAGCUUAGAAAUUGAAAGCAUAUUCCAUGCAUAGUUUUUCAGAAAUAGAAACUAGGUGACUGAAGUUCCUGCCGUGCAAAAUUCUAACUGGAGAGCCUGACUUGAUGACUCUGGGCUGUGGACGUGUCCCAU